CUGAUCUAAGAUGGCGUCCAACAAGUCUGUUGGAAGGCUAGCUCGUAUUUCAGACCAUCUUUUACAACAAAAUACAGAUCAAACCAAGAUUUAUCCUGCUCCAACGUCUUAUGCAGCACCUCGGCCGUACGAUUCACAUAAUUAUGUUCUUCAAAACACUCUUUUAAAUCAAGAAGAUGUCGACUUCUACAACAAGAACGGCUUCUUGGUCGUUCGCAACCUCGUUGRCAAAAUACAUCUAGACAAAUAUUACGAGAGAUUUAAGGAUAUCUGCACUGGUAAAGUUAGAGUACCAGGAUUAAUGGUCAUGAAGGAUAUAUCCUCGAAGAAUUCGGAGUUUCUUCCUGGCGAGAGAAGUAUCAACAAGAUCCAAGAUUAUCAGUAUGAUGAAGUUUUGUUCGAGUACUGUCGUCUUCCUGGUAUAUUGAAGUACGUUGAGUGUUUUACUGGGCCAGAUAUCAUGGCUGUUCAUACUAUGUUAAUUAACAAGCCACCUGAUCCGGGUACGAAGACAUCGAGACAUCCCCUGCAUCAAGAUCUACACUACUUUCCAUUCAGACCUGCAGAUAGGAUGGUUUGUUCCUGGACAGCAAUGGAAAAAGUUACACGAAAGAAYGGCUGUCUUGUAGUUAUUCCAGGAACUCACACAAAUAAAGAGCUGUUAAAGCAUCGAUAUCCAGAAUGGGAGGGUGGCGUAAACAAGAUGUACCAUGGCAUAAAAGACUUUGACCCAAAUGCUCCCAUGGUGCACUUGGAAAUGGAUGCCGGAGAUACAGUGUUUUUUCAUCCAUUGUUAAUCCAUGGCUCUGGCACAAAUAGAACUAAGGGUUUCCGUAAGGCAAUAUCCUGUCAUUAUGCCAGUUCACACUGCUAUUACAUUGACGUGAAGGGCACAGUACAGGAAGAGAUAGCUGAGGAAGUUAUUGGUGUUGCAAAACGCAAGCUCGGCAAUGAUGUAAAUGUGACUUUUCAGGAUUUAUGGAAAUUGAGACAACGUCUUGUCCAAGGAAACGAAGGAACUCUCUAAUAUCGACACCAGAUUUUUUAAAUGUUCAGGCAGCAGUUUAAUAAAAUUAUUGCACUAAUACGUAGAUUCAUAAAAUAUUCUUACAAAAAAGAAAAAAAAAUUUUGCGCACUGUGCUCUCCAUUGAUGAAAAAUGUGUAAGCUUCUAGAAAUUUGAUCUUGUCUAUGUAUACUAUCGAAACCCUACUAUCCAUACAAGUUUAUUCCUAUAUUUAAUUCUUCACCUCAGUUUAAUAUGAAAACAGGUUUACUAUGUAACAAAUAGAAAGAGUUCUAAAUACAAAGUUUAGCCAUGAACUUUAAAUGUUAAUUUAUUCAAUCUAUCUAUAAUCUAUAGGUUUUUUAUACAAAGAUAGGAAUUGAUUCUUCACUGGUAUGGUAUGGUAAUGAAUUUAUAUUWAAAAAAUCACUGGUUGAGUAGUAGAUUACCAGUUUAUAAUUUUUCUUAGUAUUUGAACCAAAAAAUGCAAUA